ACGGAACCUCUCCGUGUUAAAGACAGGCAUGUUCUUACCAUCUAUUAUUAUAUUUUCUUUCUCUCAAUCAACAAGUUUACAUCUAUGUAGCACGCAACACUUGGACAUAAACAUGACGAAACAAUAUUAUUUUAAGGUUUUCUAUGUUAAAAAUGGAAUUUAAUGUCGGAAACAGCAAGUUUCUGACCCGUUUCCGAAACAGGUAAACUUAAUCGAAUGAAGUGUUUGUGCUAUGUUAUAUCGUAGAUAAUUAAAGUAAUGAUACAAAAAAUCAAAAGGCUUGCCGAUUUUAUUGAUUCUAACUAGACUUUUUAAUUGUGUCAACUAUAGUAUGAUUUGAAGGAUUUUAUUUCUAUUAUGGCAAUGUAGCCAAGUCCACUCAGUUGAAUCAAUUGGUUUUGUUCACUUAGCAGCCAUUAAAUGUUAUUUUUUCAUGUUUGUUGUAGUUCUGCUUAGAAAAUUGACAAAUACAGAUAAGAAGAUAAUACUGAAGUGAAGGCAGACCAUAUGUUUUUUUUUUUGGUCCUGCACUGUGACUUUUUUCUAGAUUGACUUCCUGCACAAGAAAUAUGGGCAGUAAAUUAUGUUAAAAAGGCACAAUCUUCAAGUUAAAAAAGAAAAAAUAUAAAAUUUUCAGCAAGCUGAGCACUAUCAACAUUGAAGGGAAGAUUACCCACAAACAACGAAGAAUCUACGGCCACCACCUCCGUCACUAGAAGCAUCCUCUUCUUGUCCUAAUUCAGAUGAAACAGCUACGUUCUGAACAGUGAAGAUGGAAUGUUUGAAGUGGGUUUGGCAUGGAGCUUGCAGAUUCAUUGUCCACGUGGAUGUCCAAAUGUAGGCUCUUGCUAACCUGGCAUAUCAUCUGUGCCGCGUGGCAGAUUUUGGUGGCCACGUUUCUUUGAUUUGGCUUUGUUAGAAAGCCGCCAGCCAUAAGAGACAAAAAAUGGAAAUUUAUAACAAAUUAACAAAAUGGAUAUGGGGGACCAUUUCAAAUUAUCUUAUCUUAGCCUUAAUUAUAAGGCAGCAAGCAACAACAACUGAUCAAGUGAAGAACAGCAUUAAUCUUGGCAGCAGAGCAGCUAGAAUUAUUCAUGGAGGACAAUUAUGAGAUCAAAAAAGAUAUUACUGAAUUAAUAGGUAAUACCCCCAUGGUAUAUCUCAGUAAUAUUGUGGAUGGUUGCGUAGCCCGAAUUGCUGCCAAGCUUGAAAUGACGGAACCUCUCCGUAGUGUUAAGGACAGAAUUGCACACAGCAUGAUCAAAGAUGCAGAAGAUAAAGGCUUGAUUACUCCAGGAAAGACCAUCCUAAUUGAACCAACUGGUGGUAACACUGGCAUUGGAUUGGCAGCAAUUGCUGCAGCCAAAGGUUAUAAACUUAUAAUCACCCUGCCUAAUUCAUCGAGUCUCGAGAAGAGAAUUGUGCUACGUGCUCUCGGAGCUGAAGUUCACCUCAGUGAUCCAGCCAAGGGCUUUUCCGGAAUUUUAGAUAAGAGUGAUGAGAUAUUAAGUAAAACACCGAAUGGGUAUGUGCUUGGGCAAUUUGACAAUCCUGCCAAUCCCAAGAUUCAUUAUGAAACAACUGGUCCGGAAAUUUGGAGAGACUCCGAUGGUAAAGUUGAUGUCCUGGUCGGAACUGGUGGAACCGUGACUGGAGCUGGAAGAUUUCUCAAGGAGAAAAAAUCAGAGAUGAAGGUAUAUGGUGUAGAGCCUGCUGAGAAUUCUAUCUUGAAUGGAGGGAAACUCGGUCCGCAUCUGAUCCAGGGUAUUGGUUCUGGAUUCAUCGCUAAUGUUCUGGAUGUUGACUUGCUGGAUGGAGUCAUCGAAGUAUCAAGUGACGAAGCUAUUGAAACCACUAAACUGCUUGCCCUAAAAGAAGGUUUACUGGUCGGAAUAUCUUCUGGAGCCGCAGCAGCUGCUGCAAUUAGUUUGGCAAAGAAACCGGAAAAUGCAGGGAAACUAAUUGUUGUAAGUUUCAUUGAUUCUUCCGAUAGGUCCCUUCGGGGACAUCCGAUAAAAUUGAUUCUUCCAAUUGGCUGGAUUCGCCCUGUUUUUUCGUAUUGUAUCGGAAGCAGAUGGAUGUGCAGAUUAACACAUACAUAACCCUGUUCUUUUCUGCAACUUCAUCGAUUAUUUCCCAGCUUUGCUCGAUGUGCAGGUGAUAUUCCCCAGUUUCGGAGAGCGUUACUUGUCUUCCAAGCUUUUUGACUCCAUUAGAGAGGAGGUGGAAAACAUGACUUAUGAUCAAGAAGGAUAAUUAUUUGAAGUUUCAGCUUACUGGUUAAAAAAGCCACGAUAAUAUUUUUCAAGCCACAUAUUCUUGUCCUAAUUCAGAUGAAACAUCUACGUUCUGAACAGUGAAGAUUGAAAAUUUGAAGUGGGUUUGACAAGGAGCUUGCAAGAGUUUGAAACCAGCUCCCCACCAAAAAUUUAGACGUUUUUUUAGUAAUCUGUACAAAAUUUACUUUGCUAAUUAUGUUACAUGUGGUUGCAUUGCAUCCAUCUAUUUUAUCA